AUGGCCGAACAUCCAACCUACCAAGUCGUCCUCAUACCAAGGCUGAGCGAGAAUGACAGCAGUCUCAAUGCACUGGCCCAGAAGUUUCGAGAGUUCAGACUGCACUCGUUGCAAGCAGCUCCGGAUGCCUUUGCGUCGACUUACGAAGCGGAGAGCGAGCGUGGCCUCGAGCAUUCAGUUGCAAGACUGGUCAACCCCAAGGCGGCCCACACAGUCCAGCUGCUUCUGGAGUGCGAGUGGGUAGGCAUGGUAGUUCUGCUCGGUCCGGAAGAAGGCGACGAGUUCUCAAUACCAUCUGCGAACAUCGAUCCAUUCAAGCAGAUGACUGCUACAGCCCCCUCGUACUGGAGCACAAGGCUUUUCGAGAGCUCAAGUGACCCAAAAGACAUCCAUUUUCACAUCAACGGAACCUUCGUGAGCCCUUCUACACGCGGUAGCCGCCUUGGAGGUGCGCUCAUGGACGCCGCUCUUGCGUACGCAGACACCGAGGCUAUUAGGGUUGGAGGGCAUCUCCGCAUUACGCUGUCGGUUUAUGGCCACAAUGUCGCUGCUAGGCGUCUGUAUGAGAAGGCGGGUUUCGAGGUGGUCAAAGAGACGGACUCCAGGAGUAAGCCAGGUUAUCUCGCGGUCCACAUGCAGUUGACUAGAGGUGUCACCGCCGCCUAG